GCGAGAACCGCCAUCCGUGUGCGCACUCGCUUUGAUCUCUCGUUGCUCUCUGCUCGAACUUGCAACUCUGGUGCGGAAGCCCUACGUUGAUAUAAUUUCCUUUUUAGAUUGUAUGUGUUUUUUUUGUCAUGGAACAAAAGAUUGUUCUGAAUUUGUUUAUAUUUGGUGCAAUAUUGGCGACAUCAGCUGUUGAGCAGUUUCCAAAAAAGAAAUCGUGGAAGGAAAAAGAUAUCCGAGACAUGAACGAUGUUGAUCUUGAACACUUGUUAGAGCAGUGGGAGGAAAAUGAUGAUCCCUUAGAACCAGAUGAAUUGCCAGAGCACAUGCGACCUAGUCCACAGAUGGACUUGUCAAAGUUAGAUCCCUCAGAUCCAGACAACUUGCUGAGAAUGACAAAGAAAGGAAAAGGUGUUAUGAUGUUUGUAGAUGUUAUACCAGAAAUUUCAGACAAGGAAGCUGAUACUAUAAUGCAUAUUUGGCAGACCAGUCUACAGAAUAAUCAUAUUAUUGCCGAAAGAUAUCCAAUUGACACAAAGAGAUCAAUAUUCAUGUUCCGAGAAGGAUCACAAGUGGUCGAUGCUAAGAAUUUCUUACUGGAACAACCCAAACUAUAUCGUGUUACUUUAGAGGGACAAACAUUUUAUAGAAAUGCAAAGGAUCAGAAUGCAUAUGAUGAGGAGAUAAAGAGAAAAACCGCUCAGAUCAAACAAAAGACUGAAUUAUAAUUUCAUGUUUCUGUGAAUAAGGUUUUGUAUUUUUUGAAUCAAAUUGUUACUUUGUAAAAGCACAAUAUAACAUGAUUAUAAUAAAAUUAUACAUACAUGGUA